AUGGCCGUGCAGCUGAACGCCUGGCUCGCGGAUACCUUUGAGUGGCAGCUUAUACUAGGCAAUCAUUGGCUGCACGAGAGAUACGAGAAGAAGAAAUCAGGCGUCAAGCCUGAGCGGGACAGGGCCUGGGAGGGUCUCUAUCACGACAACGGCUCCUGCUUAGACAUUGCAGACUACAUCCACCCCGAAGUCGACAGGCCAUUGCACGUCCUCCAGACUCAGCCCUGGACUCUGACUGACGGCCGAUGCCGCGUAGUCGCCCAUCUCACGCCCGACUGCGCUCAGGACUUUGCUAUCCGCUACCCCGCGUUUUCCUGUUUGGCUCCCGGUAGCACUGUUGCCGUACGCAGGUACACCAUCAGAUACACCUCGUACGGGCCGCCGCGCUCAAGAUUCCGUUUCUUGCUCCAUCAGAUUGACUGGCUAGGCGAAUGCUGCCAGACGGUGUGCGACUUACAUAGUAGAGAAUUGCCGCCUGUGUAUUGCGAGAGUGCAGUUGUUACGGCACAGAAACAGUUGGACGAUACCCGCACGCGGGAAGACGGUCGAUGCCUGUCGCGUAGUGAGGCGCAAGUGGACGACAUCAUGGCUGAUACUAUGGAUGAGAGUCACGAUGUGCCAGACAGCACUACCAGUCCGGCCUCUCAGAUGACCCAUACUCAGGCAGCCUUUGGGACUCAAGUACAACAUCCAAUUCGAAUGCUCGCCGACGAACCCCAGGUUAUUGGCGUAACCAGGCUCGAGCCAGUGCUGGCAGGGAACACACAAAGAGCCGAGAUUCGGCAAGACGAAGCCAAACGUGAGAAAUUGAUGAGCAUAAUCAAUAGAAAGCAAAACCAGAUUCAACGCAGCACAAAUGCAUCAUCUCAGCCGCGAUUCGUACAGGGCGCAUUUGGUCGGAAGAAAAGUGUCCAUAGAGCAGCAGAGUCAUCCUUAGAGCCAGCAAUCGAAUCACCAAACCAAGGUGCACGCCGCUCUACAACAGAGGGCAGAGAUGCCCAAGACCUGCCUGCUUUUCCCAAACAUAAGGAAAAUCCCAACAAAGCGGUUUCACUCUCCAUGUCCAAGGAUGGAGAACCCACGGAGUCUGCUCCGGCGGUAGGUGAGAAGGACGCCCAUAUUGAUUCUGAGGAGAAUGCUGCUACAGGCUCAAAAUGCUCUUGGAUGAAGGGCUUCAUUUUCAAUAGCGAGACCCUCAAGGUAUCUGCAUUGCAACAACAGUGCUUAGCGAAAGACUCGAGCUGGCUGAAGCCUCAGCCCGGUUGCCCGCCUUUCCAGGAUGGAAAUAUGCCACAGUCAAUCCUCCAAGCACUUCAUAGGAUUGCAGAUGAGCGAGAGAGCAUUCAAGAUGACGGGAACAGCGACGCUGAAUCUGAUAUUGACCCUUCACCCGAUAGCGUACCGGUAGGAAUCAACCUCUCUGCAGAAUCGGUACCCCAGACCACUCAGGAUGAUGAUGACUCGAGUGCUGAGGUUUCUUCUUGGCCACCAAGUCCAGAGCAACCGCAGAAGCCGGCGAACCGUCACCUGGACCUGCCUCCAGAUUCCAGUGCCGAUAGCCAGAUGCCAGGCAUGGAGUCGCCCUCUAAGACCCACUCUAGUCCAUUGAACAUACGACCACGGCAUCCUGAAGUUAUCGAUCUCUCUGAUGACAAGUCCACUCAGCCUCAGUCUUCGCCGCCAGUUGCUCAGCAUCCUGCAGACUCUGACGACGACAUGGAAAUGGAGGGAUGUGUACCACGAGCAUUAGGUGAUGAUGUUGCAGAGAACGAUAGCCCGUCGAAAAGUAUUCCCGUCGUUUCCAGCCCCAAACCAAAUCGAUCGCAAUCUGUUGUUCAGGUGAGGGAAACACCUUUUGGCAAAGGUAAAACAGCACAGCUUUUGCAACAUGCCCCCCCUAUUAAACCCAUUUCAAAUCAAGCGCAAGACUCCAGUGGUGAGAGUAAAGAUACGUCUUCCACCUCCAUUAUCCAGAGUACUUACGACAUGCUGGACGCUGCAAGUUUUGUUCAGAUCGCGCCAAGUCACACAGAUAAGGCAAAACCCCCGAUAAAACAACAAGCCAGAGACCCACGAGAACGAGAAGAGAUGCACGGCCGAGUGACUAAACAUGCAAUUGAACGUAGUCUUGGAGAUGUGCAAAUGCAUGAUGAGGCUUUAGUUAUGGAAGCGACAGCUAGUAUGCCUGGGAUUGAAGGGAAUCGACGAGUUUCAGAAGACUUGUUGGUCAAAAAGGAAUCCACCUCCAUUCCAAAUAUGACCUUGGAGUCUGUGAAAUCGCCACAAAAGGAAUCCCACUCUAAAUUCCCAUUAAACACACCUCAGCCCGCAUCAGGAUCGACCAAACGCAAGCUCCAAGUGUCACCAGCAAAGAGUAAUCGAAGACACACAAAGCGAAGGGAGAUCAAGAUUGUCGGCUUCGGAGACAACUCGCCCGUUACAAUUGAUCCAGUUGUUAGGCUGCGUGAAGAGCGAGAAGAAUCCCUCCGCAGAUAUCGAGAAAAUAGAAAUUCGAGCACAAGUUUCGAGAGUCGGCCUGAAACUACAAGAGCUAUCGUGGCGGAACAUGAUGCCGAUGCUAUGGAUCUGGAUAACGCGGAUAGGCCCGACAACGGAAUGAGAUCUAUUAGUAGAUCGCCCCGACACCAGAGCCUGUAUGAUGACCCAAGUCCUGUACCUGUACAUCGGACUGGAUCUACUCAGCCACGGCGGUUCUAUGAAGAAGCUCAGUCGAGAGAAGAAGUACAAAUCUCACCAGCGAACAAGUACCCGACUCAGAGCAAGCAGCCUCGAGGCACUUUUGUCCUAUCUGACCAAGACAGCCUUGUAACAGUCUUUAAAUCUUUCAAAGCCGCAUAUCCCGAAUACAAGGGCGAUACAAAGCACUUCUACAACCAAUGCAAGCAAAUCUACGUAUUAGAUUUGGAAGACAAGAUGGUGCCAAAAUGGCAGUGGGAUGACUUCAUCAUCCGCAACAGAACAGACUACCGCGACUACGCCAUGGGGUGUCUCGACCGCGGAGAAAACGCUGAACCCUACCAUCGUUUCUACAAAGACUAUAUCCGAGAUACCCUAUACCGAAAAGGCAUUGUCGAAGGCAUAACGACACUGGAAAGAGCAUUUGAAGAAGCCGGCAUGACACUCGAGGACUUAGACACCGCAAUCAGCCCAUCAAGGAAACAACUACCAACGCGAAAAUCACUUCCUGGCUCUUUCGGCCAGACCAGAAAACCGCGUCAAGAUCAUUUGACUAGUUCGCACGCUCGACCUCGUCAAUCCCUCCCAUCGAGCUCAUACGCGCACCCCUCCUCAUCAAAACAUGCCCGCCCACAAGCACAAACAAAGCUUGCUCGUGAAAUCAGUCCUCCCAAUCGACCAGAAGCCUCCGAGUCCACCGGCGACCCCUACCGCGACUAUAUUCACGGUCUCCAACGCAUUACUUCUUGGACUGGUAGUAAUAAGGGUUGA